UUUUUUUUUUUUUUUUUUUUUUUUUUAAUCCCCGCACCAGGCGCUUAACCUCAUUGGGGUGGAGGAGAAGGCGGCGGCUGUCUGGUCUGCAGCGGCAACAGUAGCGAAUAAUACGGCGAAUGGACUGCUGAAUUAUGAAGAAUUUCAGACCCAAUAGUAGAACCUCACUCAGCUACUCACUCCUUUAUCUCCUACUAGUUAUUUAAAUUGGACUUUUAAUAUCCUACCAGCUGCUCUUCAGACACACAUGGUGCAUUGUUGCCAUUCCCCGGAUUGCAUCUUUGAAACACAGGCUCUUGGUAACUUUCAGCAAACAAAGAGGCAGCCUCCUGGGUACGUUUCCUGGGAGGGUGUCACCCUGACUGCCCUCUAGCUUCUGCUGGAUCUGGAUUUGAAUUCCACCAUGGAGCCUCGCAUGGAGUCCUGCCUGGCACAGGUGUUGCAGAAGGAUGUGGGGAAACGACUGCAGGUUGGCCAAGAACUUAUAGACUAUUUCUCAGACAAACAGAAGUCUGCUGACCUUGAACAUGACCAGACCAUGUUAGAUAAACUUGUGGAUGGGCUUGCUACCUCUUGGGUGAACUCUAGCAAUUACAAGGUGGUUCUGCUCGGCAUGGACAUCCUGUCCGCGCUGGUCACCCGGCUGCAGGAUCGGUUCAAGGCGCAGAUCGGCACAGUGCUGCCAAGUUUAAUAGACAGACUGGGAGAUGCUAAAGACUCUGUGCGAGAGCAAGACCAAACUCUGCUGCUGAAGAUCAUGGAUCAAGCUGCUAAUCCCCAGUACGUGUGGGACCGAAUGCUGGGAGGCUUCAAGCACAAGAAUUUCCGGACUCGGGAAGGCACAUGCCUCUGCCUUGUUGCCACACUCAAUGCCUCUGGAGCGCAUACUUUAACACUAAGCAAGAUUGUGCCACAUAUAUGUAACUUACUUGGAGAUCCAAACAGCCAGGUUCGAGAUGCAGCAAUAAACAGCUUAGUGGAAAUUUACAGACAUGUAGGAGAACGUGUGAGGGCAGAUCUCAGUAAAAAAGGAUUGCCACAAUCCCGGUUGAAUGUAAUUUUUACAAAAUUUGAUGAAGUCCAAAAAUCUGGAAACAUGAUACAAUCAGCAAACGAUAAAAAUUUUGAUGAUGAAGAUUCUGUGGAUGGUAAUAGACCUUCCUCUGCUAGUUCUACAUCAUCCAAAGCUCCACCCAGCUCACGGAGAAACGUUGGAAUGGGGACCACCCGCCGGCUUGGAUCAUCCACCCUUGGAUCCAAGUCUUCAGCUGCAAAAGAAGGAGCGGGUGCUGUUGAUGAGGAGGACUUUAUUAAAGCAUUUGAUGAUGUACCUGUAGUGCAGAUUUAUUCCAGCCGAGACCUUGAGGAAUCCAUAAACAAGAUUAGGGAAAUAUUAUCUGAUGACAAGCAUGAUUGGGAGCAAAGAGUAAAUGCUCUUAAAAAGAUUAGAUCUUUACUUUUGGCUGGUGCUGCUGAGUAUGAUAACUUCUUUCAACAUUUGCGUCUUUUGGAUGGAGCCUUUAAAUUAUCUGCUAAGGACCUGCGGUCUCAGGUAGUGCGGGAGGCUUGUAUCACGCUGGGGCAUCUGUCAUCAGUUCUGGGAAAUAAGUUUGACCAUGGAGCUGAAGCCAUUAUGCCAACCAUCUUUAAUUUAAUUCCAAAUAGUGCCAAAAUUAUGGCCACUUCUGGUGUUGUAGCUGUUAGGUUAAUCAUUCGGCACACACACAUCCCUAGGCUAAUACCUGUCAUAACAAGCAACUGUACCUCUAAGUCUGUUGCAGUUAGAAGGCGCUGUUUUGAAUUUUUAGAUUUACUUUUACAAGAGUGGCAGACACAUUCACUGGAACGACAUAUAUCAGUAUUAGCCGAAACAAUAAAGAAGGGAAUACAUGAUGCAGAUUCCGAAGCAAGGAUAGAAGCCAGAAAGUGCUACUGGGGUUUUCACAGUCACUUCAGCAGAGAAGCAGAGCACUUGUACCACACCCUCGAGUCAUCCUACCAGAAAGCCCUACAGUCCCACCUAAAGAACUCGGACAGCAUUGUGUCGCUGCCGCAGUCUGACCGCUCAUCCUCGAGUUCUCAGGAGAGUCUGAACCGGCCACUCUCUGCCAAAAGAAGUCCUACUGGAAGUACCACCUCUAGAGCUUCUACAGUUAGUACCAAAUCCGUGUCAACGACUGGAUCCCUCCAGCGGUCUCGAAGUGAUAUUGAUGUGAACGCAGCAGCCAGUGCCAAGUCCAAGGUGUCCUCAGCCUCGGGCACUACGCCUUUCAGCUCUGCAGCAGCCUUGCCUCCAGGGUCAUAUGCAUCCUUAGAAUCCAGACACGUGAGGGAAGAUACGGAGUCCGUAGGCCUUGACGCAGAUGGUACUUCCACUAAAGCAGAGGGUCGGAUCCGCACAAGACGUCAGAGCUCCGGUAGUGCCACCAACGUCGCUACCACCCCGGACAAUCGAGGCCGCAGUCGCGCCAAAGUGGUUUCACAGUCCCAGCGAUCCAGAUCUGCUAAUCCUGCUGGUGCUGGCAGCCGGUCAAGUUCCCCAGGGAAACUGUUGGGAAGUGGUUAUGGAGGCCUUGCUGGGGGUUCGUCAAGAGGCCCACCUGUGACCCCCUCUUCAGAAAAACGAAGCAAGAUUCCCAGGAGUCAGGGAUGUAGCCGAGAAACAAGUCCAAACCGAAUAGGAUUAGCACGGAGCAGCCGUAUCCCUCGACCCAGCAUGAGUCAGGGAUGCAGCCGUAAUACCAGCUGUGAGAGCAGCCGCGAUACGAGCCCCGCUCGGGGCUUUCCUCCACUCGACCGGUUUGGGCUUGGCCAGGCAGGAAGAAUACCUGGCUCUGUGAACGCCAUGCGAGUUUUGAGCACGAGUACAGACCUUGAAGCUGCCGUUGCUGAUGCUUUGCUGUUAGGAGACUCCAGGAGCAAGAAGAAGCCUGUGAGGAGGAGGUACGAGCCGUAUGGGAUGUAUUCUGAUGACGACGCCAACAGUGAUGCCUCGAGUGUCUGCUCUGAGCGCUCCUAUGGCUCUAGGAAUGGUGGCAUUCCCCAUUAUCUGCGGCAGACAGAGGACGUGGCAGAAGUUCUCAACCACUGUGCCAGUUCCAACUGGUCAGAAAGGAAAGAAGGGCUUCUAGGCCUGCAGAACCUACUGAAGAGCCAAAGAACACUGAGUCGAGUAGAAUUGAAAAGGUUGUGUGAGAUCUUCACCCGAAUGUUUGCUGACCCUCACAGCAAGAUUGCUGAUUCAGAACCAGAAUGUGAGGAUAAAGAAGGAAAUUUGUUUCCAUCAGAAGGCUCUUGUACAAGAGUUUUCAGUAUGUUUUUGGAGACUCUAGUGGAUUUUAUAAUAAUUCACAAGGAUGACUUACAAGACUGGCUUUUUGUUCUUCUCACACAAUUACUUAAGAAAAUGGGAGCAGAUUUACUUGGAUCUGUGCAAGCAAAAGUUCAGAAGGCUCUAGAUGUCACGAGGGACUCCUUUCCAUUUGAUCAACAAUUUAACAUUUUGAUGAGAUUUAUUGUGGAUCAAACUCAAACUCCUAACCUCAAGGUCAAAGUUGCAAUCCUGAAGUACAUUGAGUCCCUCGCUCGGCAGAUGGAUCCAACAGACUUUGUAAACUCUAGUGAGACGAGGCUUGCUGUAUCUAGAAUUAUAACCUGGACGACAGAACCAAAGAGUUCAGACGUGAGAAAGGCAGCACAAAUUGUGCUCAUCUCUCUGUUUGAAUUGAACACUCCUGAAUUUACCAUGUUACUUGGUGCCUUGCCAAAAACAUUCCAGGAUGGUGCCACCAAACUCCUGCAUAACCACCUCAAGAAUGCUAGCAACACCAGUGUGGGCUCUCCGAGCAAUACAAUUGGCCGGACUCCCUCCCGACACACCAGUAGCAGGACCAGCCCCUUGACCUCACCCACCAACUGUUCCCAUGGGGGCCUAUCUCCCAGUCGGUUGUGGGGUUGGAGUGCCGAUGGCCUCUCGAAGCACCCACCUCCCUUUUCUCAGCCCAACUCCAUCCCCACCGCUCCCUCCCACAAGACUCUCAGGCGCUCUUACUCUCCCAGCAUGCUGGAGUAUGAUACAGAGAACCUGAACUCUGAAGAAAUUUAUAGUUCUCUGCGUGGAGUUACAGAAGCCAUUGAAAAGUUUAGUUUUCGAAGUCAAGAGGAUCUGAACGAGCCAAUUAAAAGAGAUGGCAAGAAGGACUGUGAUACUGUGUCCCGCGAUGGUGGAGUUGCCUCGCCUGCCACUGAGGGUCGGGGAGGCAGUGAUGUGGUGGAAGGAGGCAGAACGGCUCUGGAUAACAAGACAUCCCUCCUCAACACCCAGCCUCCACGUGCCUUCCCGGGGCCGCGAGUGCGAGACUAUAAUCCCUAUCCCUACUCCGACACCAUCAACACCUAUGACAAGACAGCCCUGAAGGAGGCCGUGUUUGAUGAUGACAUGGAGCAGCUUCGAGAUGUGCCCAUUGACCAUUCUGACUUGGUGGCCGACCUCCUGAAAGAGCUGUCCAACCACAACGAGCGGGUAGAGGAACGGAAAGGCGCCCUGCUGGAGCUGCUCAAGAUCACUCGGGAAGACAGCCUGGGCGUCUGGGAGGAACAUUUUAAGACCAUUCUGCUCCUGCUGCUGGAGACGCUCGGGGAUAAAGAUCAUUCCAUCCGAGCACUAGCACUGAGAGUUUUACGGGAAAUUCUGAGAAACCAGCCAGCAAGAUUUAAAAACUACGCCGAGCUGACCAUUAUGAAGACUCUGGAAGCCCAUAAAGACUCCCAUAAGGAGGUGGUGAGAGCUGCCGAGGAGGCGGCGUCCACACUGGCCAGCUCCAUCCACCCAGAGCAGUGCAUUAAAGUCCUCUGCCCCAUCAUCCAGACCGCCGACUACCCCAUCAACCUCGCUGCCAUCAAGAUGCAGACCAAAGUCGUCGAGAGGAUCGCCAAGGAGUCCUUGCUGCAGCUCCUUGCCGACAUCAUCCCGGGCUUGCUACAGGGUUAUGACAACACCGAAAGUAGUGUGCGUAAGGCCAGCGUGUUUUGCUUAGUGGCAAUUUAUUCCGUAAUUGGAGAAGAGCUGAAACCUCACCUUGCCCAGCUCACGGGGAGCAAGAUGAAGCUACUAAACUUAUAUAUAAAGAGGGCCCAAACCACGAACAGCAACAGUAGCUCCUCCUCUGAUGUGUCCACACACAGCUAAUGGCGCGCCAGAGUCUCUUCGUGUAGCCCUAGAAGCAAUCGGUGGUGCCUCUCAGAGACCUUCCCCCACCUUCCCCCUCAUCGGCUGCCCAGUCAGUACAAGGAGGCCCGCAAAUAUUUAUUACAAUCAGUAUUUUGGUCCCUUCCAGCUUUUGUGUAGAAUCUUACUGGUAUUGAAUGUAAAGGAAGCAAGGCCUGUAUUGCAGUCUUCAUACAAAACGAAUGGAAAAAGAAAAGAGCCAUACUUAAACACGUCUUUGUACAGCCUGCUGAGACCAUAAAACCAUGUGUGUGGGGUGCAGUUUUAAAAAAUCAGAGCUCUCUAGCCAAUACUUGGUAGAAAGUAGCAUUUUCUCUUAGUUAAUCACAUUUGAGGAGGUCUGUUAAUUUGUGCUUCUCUCUCGUCUUCGCUUACUUCCUCCUGGAUUUGGCUUAUGAUGCCAGGAAAGGAUCAUCCGUCUUUCAGUUGUAUCGUGAGACCUACUAAGAACAGGAGUCAAGUCUUGGCAAGAAGAGAAAAGCCUGGAGAUGGUUUUGUAACAGCUGCAUGGGAUUUUGCUUGUACACUAUGUAGACUGGAGGCCCGGGGCACCCUCUGCAGGCUCCUUCCAGGACGGGCUCCCCACCCCUCCGAACGCUCCGCUCGUGCUGGCCCCACCUGCAGCUUCCAGUUGAAAGAAUUCUUUCAUUUAAACCCAAACACAAAAAAUCAAGGUAAAUCUGUAGCGUCCACUCAUGGGUGCCUAACAUGGCCCUUAAUGAAGCAUGGAAGGUACGAGAGGAGGUGUGUGUGUAUGUGUGUGUGUUCACGCGCGCGUGUUGCACUAGUCAGAUCUUGGGCAGACACUAUGCAGACAGGGCCUCUGCCACCCCCCAGCGCUUGGUGGUUUGGAUUUUCAGAUUUAGCACCAUCUGUCUUUCUCCAACCCCCAGCCUCUGCCUAAGCUGCUCCAUUCUGGAGUGUUCUUAGUCAGUCUGGUCAGUGGCAGCUCUGCCAUCCUGGUCUUGACUUCUCGGUUUCAUUUGGGAUUAAGAUCAAAGAAAAGUCCAGAGAGACCAGGUAUCAGAGUCUUUUUUUUUUUUUUUUUUUUUUAAUUGUAUGGACAGAAGUACUUCCUGGCUCAUUGGUUGAAAUAGUCUUUAAGAUAAAAGUAAUUUGGCAGCCGGCAAAUUGCAGAGAAGCAGGACCUGGAAUCCAGUUUUAAAAUCUGUUUCCUUUUCUCCAAUGAGAAAGUACCAGAGAAACUACCCUUCUCAAAAAUUUUUCUCAAGGGUUUGAUUGUUCCAGUAAAAGGAACUAUAGAUUUGGAAUCUGGUUAAAUACAUUUUGAACAAAAUUCUUAAAGCCAAAUGGAAAUCCUUGAUGCCAUCACAAAGCCUUCUAUCCUCUCUCUCCCUGGAACUGGUUUUUCCCUCAGGGAAAUGCCUCUCCUGGUGGUAUUUUUUAAGAAGGUCUUUGCUGUCCUGAUGCAGAAUCUCUGCAGCCCGCAGCACAGCGGCAGAGGCUGGGACGGCGUCCGCUGACCUCCGUGGAGCCCUCUGCCUCCAGCCUCCAGCGUGUAUUGGAAGUUGUAACACUAGCGCGCAUCGCUCAGUUUCCUUCGGAAUUUAGUUUCGAUACUUUAUUUGGAACUAGGCACUGAAAUUGAAGGUUCAGGAACAGUGAAGCUAGGGUGCCUUCACUGAGAGAGUGAGUGUGUGUGUGUGUGUGUGUGUGUGUGUGUGUGUAUCGGGGUAUCUUGCACAUGGAGGGAAGUACCCCACUGCUGCUGUCAAAGGAACUUCAGGGGUGCAUUUUAAGUGGUUGAAUAUUAUUGACUUAUUUUUGGCUCAGAACAUAGCAGGACCAGGCCUUACUUUCAUUGAUAAAUACCGUUUGUUAAUAUUUCACUAAUGAGAUUUCAUUUUUACACUCAACAAGUGAGUCAGGGCACCUUUUGAUUCCUCCUCUGUUGUAGAAACGUGCACUCUGGCUAGGUUAUUUAUGAGUUCUUUUACAAAACCUGACCCGUUUGGAAAGACCUUUCUCCUUGACCUCUCGGACUCCGUGGCCUCACGGUCCCCCCACUGCCUGCAGUUGGGAAGAAUCUCGAACAUUGCUGAAUGUCCUCAUAGUACUCACAAAGGGCUAGCCUUGAAUGUCACUCCCCCAACCUUCAACCUCCCGACCUAGAGAGAGAUACAAUCACUGACAGGUCUCUUGGCCUCAAUCAAAACCGCUGCCCUCACCGGGGAGACUCGCAUGCCACCACCACCUCACGGGGAGGGAGCCGCACCCACCGCCGCUGCCGCCCUCCGGACAGCAGCCGCUGCCUCGCCUUGCCGCCGCCUCCCUGCAGGCCUCCCAUUGAGCCGAAACACCACAAAAGAGCAAAACCCCAAAACUGCAAAACUUUGUUUGCCUCCCUCUUCACCCGCCCAUCCAGGACCCCCAAGGGACCCACGCGGCCCUCCCGCUGGGGCCCGUGUGCCUGGCUCCUGCUUCUCUGGCUGUGGCACAGGCCGGCGGGCUAAGGCCCAGGGUGGGCGCGCAGCUCCUUGGAGUAUGCAGGCUGCGUGCGCCUUACUGGGCAGCCCGGGACUGCCUCCCUGUGGCUCCCACUGGCUUACCCUCCCCUGUGCAGGUGAUGCAGCUGAUUCUGGUCUCAUCAGUCCUUUUCUUUCCCUGCCGCCCUUUAUUUAUCAAGCAUAAUACUACACGUUAACAGCAAAUAAGGACUUUGUAGAAUCCCACCAGGACUUUGCUAACAAUGAUGUUUGGAAAUGAGAAAAAAACGCUCUGAAAACUAUCAGCCACCAAAAUAGUUUUGUCAGCACUGUGUUCACACGCAUGGUCCCCAUACCCCCAGGUUGGGUUUUUGGGUUUUGUUUUUGUUUUUUGGGGGCUUUUCAUGUUACAUCCAUAUCUGUAUUUAUAUCUUAUUUGUUUCACUUUCAAGUGUAUCAUGGCAAAUGUACAGAUUUUUUUUUUUUUGUUAAUAAUGUGCUAGGAUUUGCUAAAAAAGAAAACAACAAAAAAAAACCCUUUUGAGUUUGCCCUAGAAUAAAUGAAACUUAAUUCAG